AUGAAAGGUAGUCUUAGACUUAAGAAGUCUCAUCGAGCUAUAUCUCAGGAGGAAUUAUCCGCCAAAGAGACAUGCUCAGAUCUACGUAGUCAGAAAUAAAGGGGAAAAGGUCCAGGUUUACGACUAUUACACUCAAAGAGACAGCAAUAACUUAACUGAUAGCCUAAGGCUGAGUAAAAUCUCAAUGUUGACUAAGAAAAUUAAGGAGAGCAUCCCUUCUGGGGAAAGCUCCCCCAGAAUCCCUCUCUGUAGUUCAGAGUCAUGCGAUUCUACUGACUUAUAGCCCUAGCGGAAUAUGCUAAGACUAAAGCUAUUCUUGAGCAGAAGCUGGAGAUCCAGAAUGCGGAAAUCUCUGAGCUAAAGGCUCGCUCUCAGAAGGAAAAGGAAUGCAACGAAGCUAUGCUUGAGGCCCUCCGAUCAGAGUCCAAACCUAAGACGUAUAAAAGCUUAACUGCCAUUAAGAAGAUCCAUGAACAGCAGGUAGAGACAAUGCAGAACAACUUUGUCAAGUCCAGUCAGAAGACUAAAAUUGCAUUAACUGAGCUCCGGGAGAAAAACGCUCAGCAAGAGUUAGAGAUAAGAGACGUUAAAAACCAUUUUGAAAAAUUACAAUUGAAGUAUGAGUACAAGCUCAAGGAAGAAGAAUAUGUCCGCAGAGAAGCAGAUGUCAAGUACAAAGAACUUGAGAUAGCCAAAAAUGAUGUUAUUUUAAGCAUGAAGCAAGAACUUGAAAAUACAUCCAAAAAUGCAGAAAAUGAGAGAAAUUUACUGAAAAAGAAACAUGAUCAGGAGAUUGAAGAGCUUAAAGAGAAAUACGAGAAAGCACUUGCUGAGAUCCGGAUGAUGUACGAGAGAGAAAGAGAUAAGCAAGAUGCAAAACUUGAUUAUUACGAGUCUGAGUUAGUCUCUCAAAAGGAAGCUACUCAGAGCCAUAUCCACUCUGACAUCGGAGGGUCUAACGCAGAUGACUCUAUGAUGAGCCACUUCUCCGUAAAGUUCUCUGAAUUAAACGAAAAAUGACUUGAGAUUCGAAAUCAAGCAAAUAAUGAAAUAUUCUCGUUAAGACAACAAGUUGAAGAAGCUGGCCAAAAGAUCAAAAAGUUGGAGAAGCUGCUCAUUAGGUCCAAGAAUGAAAUUUCUCAAGUGAAUCUCGAAAAACAGAGGGAGCUCAAGACCAUGGAGACCAAAAUAGCAGACCUACAGAAGAAGAGACAGAUGGAAGACAAGAAGGCUCAGCUAAUCCUUAAGAAGAAAAUCUCUGCUCUCAAGUGCAACCUUGCCAAGAUGGAGGCUAGCAGGGACAGGAUGGAGGAGCGAUACAAUAAGUCCCAAUUGGAACUCGAAACUGAGAAGCUCCAGAAGCGUAAGAAAAAUAAGAAGGAGAAACAGGAAAGCUCUAGAGCUAACGAAGCCACUUCAAAAGUUACGAGGAAUAUAGAGUUUUUACAGAAUAAAAUCAAGGUCUUGGAGCAGGAAAAACUGGAGCUAGAGCAGAAGCUCCUCAAGCAGAAAGUCUACAAGAAGGCAUCCAGAGUGAAGGACAGGAAGAAAAGCAUGAAGAAUGAAGCUGAUAUGGAAAUAUUUCAGUUUAACAAAAGUCCUAUGAUUAAACAGCCAACUUUGAGCCAUUCUCAAAGUAAUGACCUCUUAUUCUCCAGGACCCGUCUCAGUGAGCGACUGCAGAGAUCAAAGAAAGGGACUAGAGAAUUGAGUGUGAAUUCGAAGCAGAGUAUUCCCCAACUGAAUUUGAGUGGGAUUACUCAUGGGUCUCCAGAUUCCUCGCACAAGCUGUUGUUUUCUAACAGAAGUCAUAAGAAGAACUUUAAUGGGACUAAUACAUCUACAAAUGUAUCCCAGUGCAAUAGCGUAGCCGGGAUGAAGUCAAAGAAGUCUCAUGGCCAUGGCAAGAAGGAUGGCACUAGGUACUGCGCAGCCUGCAAGUUCAAAGAAUGGAAGAAAAAGCAGUUAAAUUAUGACCUUGAAAUGCUGAUCAGGAAUCGAGACAUGAUCAGAGAUGUCCACUGCUUGGGUUGAGACAGGCAACUUGAAGUCAAAACCUUCCUCGAACAUGUUAGGAACUGUAGGCUUACUUAUAAUAUUCCUCCAAUGGUCCCACGAGAUGAGGUGAUUACUAGAGUUUGCCCAGAAAGCAAGAAAUAUAACAGAAGUAAAAAUAAAAUGUCAAGGAGCAGAUCAAAAAGGACGGACAGGUCGAUCACAUCAACCACGAAGAAAUCUAGAGAAGUGAGUUUACUUGACUCUAAGGACUACAACCUGCUCGCAGCGAGCAACAAAAAUUCAAAAAGCUUAUUUGGGAAGAUGAGUAUUCAGACUAGCCCUAAAUCGUCGAAAGAUUUCAUAUCGGAUAAGUCCAAAAUUCAGAAGCUGAGACUCUCCAGUAAAGACAGUUCUGGGAGAAGGAACCAAGAUUUAGCUGGGAGUUACACAAAAUUUAAUGAGAAUGAUACUUCCUUCCAGAAGAAAGUUAAGAAGAUUAAGAACAUGAGAUACAACCAUCAGAAGGAUGAGGACUCGGAUGAACUUGACAUUCCUAAUGAAAAUGAGAAUAUUAUAGAUUUAAGUAGUGUUAACCUAAACCAAGACCAAGAUGAGUCUUAUUCGCUUGAAAACUAUCAAAUCGUCCCGAAGAGCAUUCAGGUCAUGGGAUCUAUUGAUAAGAAGUUCAAGAGGAUUCCAAAGACUGAGAGAAACAGUAUGUUGCAACAAAGUGUCAAGGACAAGAAUUGGAAUAUUAAUCAUGCUCUAAGCCCAAGCAGAAAGCUUAACUCUCCCUUAGUGAAGAGGCUCUACAUGACUAAUUUCAACAAUGAAGCUGAGACUACAGAGUUCAAGUCAGAAGCUAUGUUAGAAUUAUAAAAGAGCCUCAUUAUAAGUUUUGCAACGUUGAAUAAAUCCCAUUUUCA